CGAUGCUGGAUUCUCAUUGAUAUAGCCUCUACAGCUGGUGGCUUCGGACUAAAAGCUUGCCACACGGAGUGAGAGAAAGGUCUGAGAAAGUGACGGAGGAUUCAUGUAGGGGCUAUUAGAGGAGGACAGAGGACAGGUUCGAUCGUUUUGAAGAGUGGCACACCAAAGAAAUAGACAGGCCAAAAUGCUCUGCCACGUUACUCGUCCGGAUUCAGUAGUGAUGGAAGUGGAAGUUGAUGCGAAGGCGAACGGAGAAGAUUGUCUGAACAAGGUUUGCAGAAAGUUGGGCAUAAUUGAAGCGGACUAUUUCGGGCUGCAGUUCACAGGCAGCAAGGGCGAGAAUCUGUGGCUUAAUCUGAGAAAUCGCAUCUGUCAGCAAAUGGACAAUGUGACACCGUGUCGACUCCGGCUCCGAGUCAAGUUUUUUGUAGAACCCCAUCUCAUCCUCCAGGAGCAAACAAGGCAUCUCUUCUUCAUGCACGUGAAGGAGGACCUCCACAAUGGUCACCUGAGAAUGGGCUCUGACCAGGCAGUGGAGCUGAGUGCACUGCUUGCUCAGGCUGAGUUUGGGGAUUACAACCAGAACACGGCGCAGUACUGGUACUCGGAGCUGUGUGGGGAGGAGCCCAGCCAGGAUACUAUGGACAGUAUUGUGAGCAGACACAAAGGCCUGGAGGGGCUGAGCCAGGCGUCAGUGGAGUACCAGGCGCUGCAGCUCAUCUCCUCUCUAGAGCACUAUGGUGUGGAGUGGCACUGGGCUCGGGACGCCAAUGGGCAGAGAAUGGCCAUAGGGGUCGGGCCUGAGGGAAUUGCCAUCUGCAAAGAGGACUUCACCUUAGAGAACAGAAUAAGCUACCCCCUCAUCCAGAUUGCCACACAGUCGGGGAAAAGUGUUUAUCUGACAGUUACCAAGGAUACCAGUGACAGCAUGGUGCUCCUGUUCAAACUGAUCAGCAAUAGAGCGGCCAGCGGACUGUACAGGGCCAUCACAGAGACACAUGCCUUUUACAGGUGUGACACAGUAACCAAUGCUGUCAUGAUGCAGUACAGCAGAGAUUUUAAGGGACAUCUUGCUUCACUUUUCCUCAAUGAAAACAUCAACCUUGGCAAGAAAUAUGUUUUUGACAUUCGCCGCACUGCCAAGGAAGUGUACGACCAUGCCCGGCGGACACUGUAUAACUCGGGUGUGGUGGACUUGGUGUCCCGUAACAACAGUGGGGAGCGCUCCUCGCCCUCGCGAUCUCCGAGCCGGGACCACCAGCUGGAGGAGGGACUGGACUGCGGCAGCUGCCAGCAGAGCCGCGAGCUCCAGGAGAGGCUACAGAAGCUCCGGGAGGCCCUGCUCUGCAUGCUCUGCUGUGAGGAGGAGAUUGACGCCGCAUUCUGCCCCUGUGGACAUAUGGUGUGCUGCCAGACGUGUGCCAGCCAGCUCCAGUUAUGUCCUGUGUGCCGGUCAGAUGUGGAGCACGUGCAGCAUGUGUACCUGCCCACAUGCACAAGUCUGCUCAGCCUCACUCUGACGGACAACCACCAACACCGCAACAACAUCCCAGCUCCAAUCUGUAGAGACAUGGCUUCUCCUCACAGCUGCCCUGACUAUGAGCACAAGAUCUUCCACAUGUGAAGAGCUCCCCUCAUGUCACUGUGGCUCUUAAAGACUGUGGACUAUUGCAGUUAACAACUCAACCACUCCACCUGCUCCUGUGUGCUUGUCUGUUCACGAUGUUGUCAAAUUCACAAUUUUUUAAAACACUUCCCUGCUGCAGUUAGAUUUGAAAUUAGUUUCUUAUAUUUUGUUAAGUUAUUGUAUCAGUUGACCUGAUCAGUUUUGUUUUUGCUCUAUAUCAGGCCCAUGGCCACACAACUCCUAUAUUUUAUACUGUACAUAUCCUUUAUCACUUUUAAUGCUGCCAUUUUAAAGCUCGUCACAACUGCAUUUUACCAUGUGUCUAGUGAUGCUUUUUAUAUUUAAUUUCUUAUGUGUUAUCUUGUUCCGCAUUUCCAUGCCAAUGAGGGGGUAUUCAAAGGGAGCAGCUCUGCCUGUGUGGUGCACUGCAUACAAAUGACACUCACUGAAAUAUGGUCCAGGGCUGUGACCCAGAGGUCUCAAAGGGUCUUUGUACCGAUAUAACUGUGACCAUAAAGCCAAACCAGUAUGUGGCUCACACUCCACUUCAAAUCAAAGACUACUGUCUGGAUCUUACCAACAGAAGAGUUUAGAAAUAAGUGACCAUGAUUGUUGUAAAAUGGGUCUUGGUCGUGCAGUGGCUGUCUUCUUUGUCAACCUCCAGUUAUUCCUCUCUGGGGUGUACUCGUGAAUUGUUUGGAUAAUUGAAAGGGUACUAGGAGAUCUAUCUGUGCAAUACUGCUUUUGAAAAGCUUUUCAUUUUGUUUUAUUUAAUUUCAAAAACUAUUUAAAAAAAACAACAUUGUCACUUUACCAAGAAAGUUUUCCCUGUGUCUGUAGGAGUUUGCCUUAAUGUAGCAGAAAUGCCGUGUCUAUCCUAAACUUCUGCAGACUUUGUGUGAAAAGGAAAACUCUCUUGCUGACUCAGUCACUGCAGGGGAACGUUGAUUAUUUUUUAUCACAUUGUACAAGUAGCAAUUUGUUUCUAUUUUCUGAAGCAAAAGCCACUAUUCUCUGUCAAUGCGUGUAACUCUUAGAAAUAAAUUCUUUUGUAUUUUAACAAAGGAGAAAGUAUUAAUAAAGCUGUUUUCUUUUUUUAAAUUCUAA